AAUCCUCCAUACCAUCUUUCGCCACUCUCUUCUCGACACCUAUCAGCACCUGACCACAACUGUUUGGCUGGAUCCUUGAUGUUUAUCUUCCAAAAGAUGAAGGUUUUCUGCUGCACCCCUCCCAGCUUGGAGUUCUGUUCAUGGUGAAGAAGCCUGGAGCCAACAGUGGUUGAGCAUCUAAGGAUCCUCUCUCUUAUUUUCUUCGAUUCCAAACUUCCUUGGAAUUUUGGUACAAGCAACCCAAAAAUGGCUUCUUCCAGCACCCAUGGAGCCUCUUCUUCUACUUCUAUUUCUCCUAAUUAUGAUGUGUUUUUGAGUUUUCGAGGUGUAGACACCCGCAAAAAUUUCACUGAUUAUCUAUAUACCACUUUGGUUAGAUAUGGAAUUCAAACUUUCAGAGAUAAUGAAGAACUAGAGAAAGGAGGAAUUAUUGCAUCUGAUCUCUCAAGAGCCAUAAAAGAAUCAAGGAUUUUUAUGAUUAUUUUCUCCAAAAAUUAUGCUUACUCUAGAUGGUGUUUAAAUGAACUUGUAAAAAUCACUGAAUGCGCGAGGCAAGAGGGAUCAAUGGUUCUACCAAUUUUCUAUCAUGUAGAUCCAUCAGAUAUCCGGAAACAGUCGGGAAUUUUUGGAGAUGCGCUUGCCCACCAUGAAAGAGAUGCUGAUGAGAAAAAGAAGGAGAUGAUACAAAAGUGGAGGACUGCCUUAACCGAAGCAGCAAGUCUAUCUGGAUGGCACGUGGAUGACCAGUUUGAGACUGAAGUUGUCAAUGAAAUUAUUAAUACAAUUGUUGGAAGUUUAAAACGUCAACCUUUAAAUGUGAGCGAGAAUAUAGUUGGAAUUAGUGUUCAUUUAGAAAAAUUGAAAUUGAUGAUGAAUACUGAGUUGAAUAAGGUUAGUGUGAUUGGGAUAUGUGGACCUGGUGGAAUUGGUAAGACUACUAUCGCCGAGGCUAUUUAUAAUAAGAUCUCAUAUCAAUAUGAUAGCAGUAGCUUUCUUAGAAAUAUUAGAGAGAAAUCCCAAGGUGAUACACUUCAAUUACAAAAUGAACUUCUUCAUGACAUCCUAAAAGAAAAGGGUUUUAAAAUAAGCAAUAUCGAUGAAGGAGUUACUAUGAUAAAGAGGUGCCUCAACUCUAAAAGAGUCCUUGUUAUUUUGGAUGAUGUAGAUGAUUUGAAGCAAUUAAAACAUUUGGCUGAAAAGAAGGAUUGGUUUAAUGCAAAAAGUACAAUCAUCAUUACAUCUAGAGACAAACAAGUGCUUGCUCGAUAUGGAGUGGAUACACCAUAUGAGGUUCAGAAAUUUGAUAAGAAAGAAGCAAUUGAGCUCUUUAGUUUGUGGGCCUUCCAAGAAAAUCUUCCCAAGGAAGCUUAUGAAAACCUCUCAUACAAUAUGAUAGAGUAUGCUGAUGGACUUCCAUUAGCACUUAAACUUUUAGGUGCCUCUCUUUUUGGAAAGAAAAUAAGCGAAUGGGAAAGUGCAUUAUAUAAGCUAAAAAGGAUACCCCACAUGGAAAUUAACAAGGUACUAAGAAUAAGUUUUGAUGGACUUGAUGAUAUGGAUAAGGAGAUAUUUUUGGAUGUUGCUUGUUUUUUCAAGGGGAAGAGCAAAGAUUUUGUUUCAAGAAUAUUAGGCCCUCAUGCUGAGUAUGGGAUAGCAACUCUAAAUGACAAAUGUCUCAUAACCAUUUCAAAAAACAUGAUGGAUAUGCAUGAUUUAAUACAACAAAUGGGCAAAGAAAUUAUUCGUCAAGAAUGUCCUGAUGAUCUUGGAAGAAGGAGUAGAAUAUGGGAUUCUGAUGCGUAUGAUGUGCUGACAAGAAACAUGGGGACACGAUCGAUCAAAGGACUAUUCCUAGAUAUUUGUAAAUUUCCAACACAGUUUACUAAAGAAUCUUUCAAACAGAUGGAUAGACUUAGAUUGCUCAAAAUCCAUAAAGAUGAUGAAUAUGGUUGCAUAUCAAGAUUUAGUAGGCAUCUUGAUGGAAAGCUAUUUUCUGAAGACCACCUUCCAAGGGACUUUGAGUUUCCUUCUUAUGAGUUAACUUAUUUCCAUUGGGAUGGAUACUCUUUAGAAUCUUUGCCAACAAAUUUUCAUGCAAAGGACCUUGUUGAACUCAUAUUAAGGGGCAGCAAUAUAAAGCAACUUUGGAGAGGGAACAAGCUUCAUAACAAGUUGAACGUUAUCAAUCUCAGUCAUUCAGUGCAUCUCACUGAAAUCCCGGACUUCUCAAGUGUGCCAAACUUGGAGAUUCUAACUCUAAAAGGCUGUGUAAAGCUGGAGUGUCUUCCAAGAGGCAUUUAUAAAUGGAAACACCUUCAAACUUUGUCUUGCGGAGACUGUUCAAAGCUAAAGAGAUUUCCAGAAAUCAAGGGCAAUAUGAGAAAGCUAAGAGAGCUCGAUUUAAGUGGUACGGCUAUAGAAGAGCUACCAUCAUCAUCAUCGUUUGGACAUCUAAAAGCUCUCAAAAUUCUCAGUUUCAGAGGGUGUUCAAAACUCAACAAAAUCCCUACUGAUGUUUGUUGCCUAUCAUCAUUGGAAGUAUUGGACCUAAGUUACUGCAAUAUAAUGGAAGGAGGAAUUCCCAGUGACAUUUGUCGUUUAUCAUCACUGAUAGAACUAAAUCUGAAAUCGAAUGAUUUUAGAAGCAUACCUGCCACAAUCAAUCGACUUUCUAGGCUGCAAGUCCUUAACUUAAGUCACUGCCAGAACCUUGAACACAUUCCAGAGCUUCCAUCAAGUCUAAGGCUUUUAGAUGCGCAUGGUCCAAAUCAAUCUUUAUCAACAGCCUCAUUUUUGCCAUUUCAUUCUCUGGUCAAUUGCUUCAAUUCGGAAAUUCAGGAUUUGAACCAGUGUAGUCAGAAUUGCAAUGAUUCUGCCUACCAUGGCAAUGGAAUUUGUAUUGUUCUUCCUGGACAUAGUGGAGUUCCAGAGUGGAUGAUGGAGAGAAGAACAAUAGAGCUUCCGCAGAAUUGGCACCAAGAUAAUGAGUUUUUGGGAUUUGCUAUAUGCUGUGUUUAUGUUCCACUUGAUGAUGAAUCUGAGGACAUAUCCGAAAAUGAAUCAGACCAUAAAUCUCAGGAUGAAUCUGCAGCUGAAUUAUUUUCGGAGGAUGUAUAUUUACCCUCUUGUUGUCUGAAAUGUGCUUUGCGUUUCUAUGGUGAUAAUGAUCGAUCGACGGAUUUUCACAAAUUUGAAUCUCAUUGUCUUUGCUAUGGCCAAGGUAAUGAUAGUGUAUCACGUCAAACGUGGGUGAUUUUGUAUUCCAAGGAAGCUCUUAAGGAGUGGUAUCUCGCUGAUGAUGGGCACCACCUUUCACCUACAUUUGGGGGCUCUUACAAUACUUUUAAGAAAGCCUUUAAAGAGGGGAAGUGUGCAGUCCACCUUAUAUACUCCAAAGACCUUCCACUAAGGACACAGACACGGGAUGCGGAGGUUAGAAGAUGCAACCUAUGCCAACAAAAUGGGAUAUGUCGACAGCGUGGUUGUUUUGAGGACAGUGACAUGAAGGAACUACCCAUUAUAGAGAAUCCCUUGGAGCUUGAUGGUUUAUGUUUGCGGGGUUGCAAAUACCUCAAGAGUCUGCCAAGUAGUAUUUGCGAGUUCAAAUCACUUACAACUCUCUGUUGCGAAGGCUGUUCACAAUUGGAGAGCUUUCCAGAAAUCCUGGAAGAUAUGGAAAUCUUAAAAAAGCUUGAUUUAGGUGGAAGUGCCAUAAAAGAGAUACCAUCAUCAAUUCAACGUCUGAGAGGGCUUCAAGAUCUGAAUCUGGCAUAUUGCAAAAACCUUGUGAAUCUUCCGGAAAGUAUUUGUAAUCUGACAUCUCUUAAAACUCUCACUAUCAAAUCCUGUCCAGAACUCAAAAAAUUGCCAGAGAACUUGGGGAGAUUGCAAUCUCUAGAAAUUCUUUAUGUUAAGGAUUUUGAUUCAAUGAAUUGUCAAUUCCCAUCUUUGUCGGGUUUGUGCUCCUUGAGAAUAUUACGACUAAUCAACUGCGGUCUAAGGGAAAUCCCUAGUGGUAUUUGCCACCUAACGUCACUGCAAUGUUUAGUUCUCAUGGGGAACCAGUUCAGUAGCAUACCUGAUGGGAUCAGUCAACUUCACAAGCUAAUCGUUCUUAACUUGAGUCACUGCAAGCUGCUUCAACAUAUUCCAGAGCCUCCAUCGAAUUUAAGAACUCUAGUUGCCCAUCAAUGCACAUCCCUGAAAAUUUCAUCGAGUCUACUCUGGUCUCCUUUUUUUAAAUCCGGAAUUCAGAAGUUUGUACCUCGAGGUAAAGUACUCGAUACUUUUAUUCCUGAAAGUAAUGGAAUUCCAGAGUGGAUAAGCCAUCAGAAAAAGGGAUCCAAAAUAACUCUAACACUUCCUCAGAAUUGGUACGAAAAUGAUGACUUCUUGGGCUUUGCUUUGUGCUCUCUUCAUGUUCCACUUGAUAUUGAAUGGAGGGAUAUCGAUGAAAGCAGGAAUUUCAUAUGUAAAUUGAAUUUCAACAACAAUCCGUCUUUGGUGGUGCGUGAUAUCCAGUCUCGACGCCAUUGUCAAAGCUGCCGUGAUGGAGAUGAAUCAAAUCAAUUGUGGUUGAUAAAAAUUGCCAAGUCAAUGAUUCCCAACAUAUAUCACUCAAAUAAAUAUAGGACCUUGAACGCUUCAUUUAAAAAUGACUUCGAUACGAAAUCAGUGAAAGUGGAGCGGUGUGGGUUCCAGCUUCUAUAUGCCCAAGAUUAUGGACACAAUCAUCUCACAAUAGUACAAGGCAGCAGCUCUUCUCAUGGGGAUUUGGGUGGCCAUAGAUCAGCUGUACAAGAUACCAAUGAUUGCGACAACCAAGAAGCCACUGAGCACAACCAUCCGCCAAAUGAUACAGUACGUUGAUCAUAAUGUUGGUGCUCACAAUAAAAGGAACCCAAUAGACCAGUACCCAGUGGAGGAGCCACACCAUAAAAGAUUCAGAGAAAUCCAAGACUGAUCUCAUUCACACUUCUAUCACUAAUGCUCUCAUCUUUUAUUGGUAAAGAGAAUUCAAAGCAAGAAUUAGUGUUUAUGUAGGAGGAGAAGAGCAUUUCUGCUUCAAAUAUGCAUUUGAGAAAGUUUUGAGAGGAGAUUUAUAAACUGAAGCCAACCAAUUGCAGUGCAUUGAAGUGUCUUAAAGAUCUAACAAAGCCAUGAAUGCUUGUGAGUAGAAGCAGCCCCUGAAUUGGCAAUAAGGGAGAAGCAUGUCAUUGUACCUAAUAUUUUUGGUCGUGGACAAGUAACUGCUGCCCAUGAUCUUGUCUGUCCUUUAGACUUGCUUGUUAGUGAGCCUAACAGUUCUCAAUCUACCUAUUAUGGGUUGUCCUCAGGUUGAAAAGGACACAUGGUCCUACACAUAGCAUUGCUUUGUUAGCAUUGAGGCCAAGGGAGAACUUACGAGUUGAAUUUAAUGAAUGUGGGCAAGAAGUUCAUGAGAUAAAGAGAAAACAUCUAAAGAGCUAUUUGAGGACCCUUGUACAUAAUCAACACAAUGUACCUCUCUGAGUUAUUCACUAGAAACAUGUGUCAAUUGAUGCAAAUGAGAAAAUGUAUGGGCACUUGUUUUGGUAUGUUGUAAUUGACACUAAUAUCAAAUAAAUAUCAUUGUUAUCCCA